AUGGGAUCGGGUAAAGUGGAGGUCAUACAAUACCUUGUCGACACCCGCCAAUUAUGGCCUGGGGCGAUCAAGACAAAAGACCUCGAGAAAGAGGCGUCGCGCGCAUUAGCUCUCCUCACCGAGGAUGAGAAGAAGGCAGUGCUAAAAUAUUACUUCGUCGCCGAUGCGAAGAUGUCGCUUGCUUCGCAUCUGCUGAAGCACUGGGUAGUCAGCAAAUAUGCUGGCGUUUCGUGGUGGGAUACUAAGCUGACGCGGGACGAAAAGACCAAGCCCGUCUACGUAGAUCCUACUACGGGCAAGCAACCCGUCGCGUUCAACGUCAGUCAUCAGGCCGGCAUCGUCGCUCUCGUAGCUGUGGCCGGGUAUGAUGGUAAAGUCGAUGUUGGGACAGAUGUAGUUUGUACGAGCGAGCGUCGUGUGCGCGACCAUAAGGUUAUCAAUACAGAGGGCUGGGGUAGUUUCGUCGACUUGCAUUCGGAUGUAUUCGGUCGGUCGGAGGCGGGUUACCUGAAGGGUGAUCUGCUGAGCACACAGCCAGGCCUACCUCCGCUGGCACGCGGCGAUGAAAUCAUCGACUUCAAGCUACGAGCCUUCUACACGCUCUGGUGCCUGCGCGAGGCCUACGUUAAGAUGACGGGCGAGGCGCUCCUGGCGCCGUGGCUCAAGGACCUCGAGUUCAAACACUUCCGGGCUCCACACCCCAGCCAGGGGUUCGUGCAACUACCGGACGGCGAGGUCGUAGAGAAGCAGGAGAUCAUCAAGGACCACGAGAUCUUGUUCCACGGGAACAAGGUCAACGAUGCAAAUAUCUGCUUGCGCUCCCUGGGGCCGGACUACAUGACUUGCUCUGCCAUCCGGACCCCAGACCGCAAGGAAGACGCUCUCAGCUGGGACCUGGGACCGUACGAGUUUCUGCCGAUGAACCAGAUCUUGUCUGACGCGGAAGACCGGCUAGAUGACUAA